CAUCCUUAUCCCAUCCAAUUCCACUCAAGCCACACAAUGCAUACUUUCCUCCUCCUGCCACCCCUCCUCUACCUUCUCCACAUCCUCUAUAAAUCCCUAACCUCCCCCCUCCUAACCCUCCCCGGCCCAUUCUGGACUCGCUUCACGAAGCUCUGGUACUUCAACCGCGUGCGCUCCGCUCACUUCGAAACCGACAACAUCAACUUACACCAGAGAUACGGCCCCAUCGUGCGCAUUUCACCAGACCAUUACAGCAUCGCCGAUCCAGCAGCCGUGAAGACCAUAUACGGAACGGGGAGUAAGUUCACUAAGUCUGCUUGGUACGAGGGAUGGAAACAUCCGAGUCCGGAGAGGUGGACUUUGUUUCCGGAUAGGGACGUGAGACGGCAUGCUGAAACGCGUAAACGAUUCUCGAGCUUAUACUCGAUGAGUUCGUUGGUACAUUACGAGGCGUUUGUGGAUGACUGUGCGGAUAUAUUUUCACGACGGCUUGAGGAACAUGCGGAUAAGAGGCAGGAGUUGAAUAUGGGGCAUUGGUUCCAGUGUUAUGCGUUUGAUGUUAUUUCGAGUAUUACGUUCGGUGGACGGUUUGGCUUCCUAAGCGAAGGCAAAGACAUCGAGGGCGCCAUGGCCGCCCUCCAGAAACUAAUGAUGUACAGCACUCUCGUCGGCAUAUACCCACAAUGGCAUCCUCGGCUUUUCGGCCCGCUAAGCCGCUUCAGCUGGUCUGGGGCCGGUGGACGGGCGUAUAUCAUGCAAUAUGUACAGGGGAAGAUCGCGCGGCAUAACGAUUUGAAAGCAGACCCCGAAGCUGGUCUCAGAAUGCAAACGAAGACGCAGGAUUUCCUUGAAAAAAUGGUUCUGGCGAGGGACAAGGAUCCACAAAAGGUCACUGAUUAUCAUUUGUUUAUGAUGGGCCAGUCGAAUGUUAUCGCGGGGUCGGAUACAACAGCGAUUAGUCUUAGUGCGAUAUUGUACCAUUGUCUUCGGAGACCAGGUGUACUGGACAAAUUACGCAAGGAAAUCGACUCGUUUACCGAGCAGGGACGCUGCAGCGAGAAAGCCACUUUCAAGGAAAGCCAGGAGAUGCCGUACUUCCAAGCAGUCGUGAAAGAAGCCCUCCGCAUGCACAGUGCAACUGGUCUGCCAUUGUGGAGAGAAGUUCCUGCUGGUGGUGCGGAAAUUAGUGGAAGAUUCUUCCCUGCUGGAAUGGUCGUUGGGAUUAACACUUGGGUUGCGCAUUAUAAUGAGGAUAUUUUCCCUGAUGCGAAGACUUUUAGGCCUGAUAGAUGGAUUGAGGCGGAGAAUUAUCCAGAGAGAUUGAAGGUUAUGAAUGACAUGUAUAUGCCUUUCGGCCUUGGAUCACGAACAUGUCUGGGGAAACACAUUUCCAUCCUUGAGAUGUCGAAAUUAAUUCCUCGUCUGGUUCGGGACUUUGAUUUCGAGCUCGUCAAUCCGGAACGAGAAUGGGAGACGGAGAACUUCUGGUUCGUGAAACCCGUGAAUUUCGAUGUUAGGGUGAAGCGUCGCAAUAGUAUUAAACAAUGAAAUGUAUUAUAUACCAUUCGAUGGAAACCACAUACAAACC